AUACGCCUCUACAACAACCUACAUCCUAUACAUCGCGUACUCACAUUAUUCCGGAUAUAUGUUACGUCUUCCAUAAAGAAAAAUCAUAAAACGUUUUUUAUAAUUUUAUUACCAUUGUCGUCACACAUGCGACAUGCACUGUAAACAAGUGCCGUGCCAUUGCCGUCAUGGCACCUCGAUUAUACGCACAAAUACAAAUGCUGUUUAUUACGAAUCUACACAUACAUAAAUACCUCAAACAGCAACAAAUUAUUUCUCUGCUACUCGAGGUAAUUAACCAAACGAACGAUCAAUUCGCCUCUCUGCCCAUCAUUUGGGGCCCAACGUCAGCGCGCGAACAUAAAUACUAUAUAGCGCUCUCAGCAACUGUUUACCUGUGCGCUACACUUCGGUACACAUUCUCUCGCCCAACUGUCUGCGCUGUUAGCGCGCGCACAUUCUUCGUGGCAUUCCUCGUGCACAACUAAUCGGAAAAAUAUUCAAAAUAUUUCUGUCGUUAACAGCAGCCCCAGCUAACAUGGCGCGCUCACACUCGUGCUCUUCAUUGCGCUCUUCAUGGCUAUGCGCUCAGCUGCUCUGUUGUUACUCUCCGUUCGCAUAUUCUACAUUCCAAGCAUUGAUGGGGAGCACAACAGCUGGCCGCAGUUGGUGUAUGACGAAUCCGCUAUGCACUUACCGCCGCCACUCAUUGCUCGGGUAUGGCGAGUAUCUCAAGAACGCAAGUCUCCGCUAAAGUCUACAUGAUUAAUAAAAAGAAGAAAACAAAAACAUCAUCGCUUGUAUUUGUGUAUGAGGUAGAGCGCAAAACCCGUUCGGCCACUCCUUCACACCGCAACACCUGCGCGCGCUCUGCCAGCGCGACUCUAAAGUGCGCGCGCGUUCGCGCAACGUUACUCGGUGGGCCGCAAACGGCACCGCGCCGCCUCACUUUGUCUUGUCUUGUCUUGCCUGCCGCCUUACCCGUAUGUUUGCAUUUUCUUGUGUGCGCUUUGUUUUUCUUAUUCUUGCCCGGUCUCCAAACAGAUACCCCACUUGUUUGACUGCUUCCCGCGCGCGCCAUUGCCACUAACAACGCGGCGCGUUCUCAGCGCGCUGUUUUGCUGUGAUGCUUGCUUCUUGUCAUUCGUCGCUUAAUCUUGACUCUUUGUGCUGUUAUGUUUUGUUGUGCUUGCGUGUGUGUGUGUGUGAUUUCUCGGUCUAUUGUCGCGGCGUUGGAGCUGCUGGCUCUGUCUGGCCGACUGGCUCACUGGCUAGCUGCUGGUUCGCGUUUGCUUUGGGCCCUAAUCACUGCCGCUCGCUCAGCGCCGCAUUCAGUCUGUGAGUUUCUCUCGAUUCUGCGCGUUGCGUACACUCGGCUCGGUUCGUUACGACGAUAUUUUUUGCUUGCUUGCUUGCGCUUUGCAGAGUUUAUGAUUUGAUUUGUUGUUUAACUACAAAGUGCUCGGUGUAGAAAAAAGUUUUUCAGUGAAUUUGUGAUUCUUCCGCCUUGCAAAUUGUAGCGUUUUCGGUUGUCGGCUAUAUUCUAAACCGAAUUAGGACGGACGCGUCGUGGUUCUUAAUUCUCCGUUUGCCAUAAAUUGAAAGGGAAAAGAAACGUGGAACGUAGUGUACGCACUUGAAAAAUAUAAGAAAGCCAAUUAAUGAGAAGUAAAGAAAGGAAAAAUUGAUCGACACUCCCACAGUGCUUUUCCCUAUGCAAUAUAUUUGUUUGUCGUCGCAUUUGCAACGCUCGUAAAAGGGAAAUUGUCGUCAGUUCGUGCAGUUUUCAGUGUGAGUUUACAGCACAUAGCAACUGCGUUGAUACUUACCGAAUUCAGUAAAAAAAAUAUAUCUAAAAUAUCGUAAUUAAUUUUAACGACCAAAUGAAGUGUUGCCAUAUUGAAAGUUCGUAUUAACAACUCACAAAUCUCUCCAAAAGUGCCAAGUGUUAAAAAGUGAUUAAUAAAAUAAUAAAAAUACAAAUAAAUAUUUUUGAGUAAUUCGAAAGCAGCUUCGUUACAUAUCUAAAAGAAUAUAAAAAUACAUACAAAAUCACAAAGUGAGAAAAAAAAUUUAAAAUAAUUAAUACUCAAAUUAGUAACGAAUAUCAACGAGCAAAAAAAAAAUCAGCGCUCAAAAAGUAAAAGUAAGAGGGCUGCCACUAAACGAAACAACUACAGCAAAAAUAGCAACAAAAUAAAGGAAAUAAAAUAUAUUCAGUUCAGCGCUGCUCGGCCGCCUUUUUACCUGUUCGUAUAGCACUUCGUUGCUACGUUCGUUUGUGUGAUUUUCUCCUGCUCCACGCUACGUAUAAACUGGCUGCAUGAAAAACAUAACCAGCUCCAGCACUUGUGGCAGUGGUCUGCUGCAAUUGCAAAACAAUCUCAGCAACUCGGCGACCAACACAUCGACCAUCGUCGGCGGCAGCGUUAUCGACGACGAAGACGCCAUCCUGCACGAAUCAAAACAAAAAGACGGUAUAGUCGGACCCGGCACCAUUACGUCGCCGUGGCCACCUAUGGGUGCCGGCCCGCCGGGUGCGCUAGGGCCGGCAGACACAAAUGGCAGUAUGGUGGAUAGUAAAAAUUUGGAUGUCGGCGAUAUGAGCGACGACGAAAAGGAUCUCUCCUCUGCCGAUGCGGAAGGUGUUUGGAGUCCGGACAUCGAACAGAGUUUUCAAGAGGCUCUCUCCAUAUAUCCGCCAUGUGGUCGACGAAAAAUCAUUCUAUCCGAUGAGGGUAAAAUGUAUGGCCGAAAUGAACUCAUCGCUCGUUAUAUCAAGCUACGCACAGGCAAGACGAGAACACGAAAGCAAGUCAGCUCGCACAUACAGGUGCUGGCCAGACGGAAAUUGCGUGAGAUUCAGGCGAAAAUCAAAGUCGAACCCAACGGCAUCGGCGGCAUAAACGGUCACGCCCAUUCGCUGCACUUGCUCAGCGAAAAGGAGAAAGCACUGCAGGCUAUGAGCGGCAUGACCAGCUCACAAAUCGUAUCGGCGCAGGCGGCGAAAAAUCUCGCAUAUGCCGCUUCGGCGGCAGCCUUCACCGCGGCUGGCUUGCAUCAGCCCACGCACGGCGCUGUCGGACCACCCGGCGCAGCGCCACCACUCUCGCCAGCACUGCCUGCGCCUGCGGCCACAUCAGCAACCUCCUCGUCUUCGUCGGCAACAGCAGCUGCUGCAGCAGCAGCGGCGGCGGCGGCGCAUGCGUACACACACCUACAUUCGCCGCAUCCACACUCGCAUCACCUUCAUCAGCAUCACCACCUCAACCACCUUAGCCACCACCACCACCACCAUCAGCACCAUCCACACCACCACCCGCAGCACCCGCAUCCGCACAGCACUAGCUCACAUCUGCCCACGCAUCCGCAUUUGCCGCAGGUCACCUCAGCGGGCUCACUCUAUUUACAACAACAACAUGCGGCGGUGGUGGCGGCAGCAGCCGCGGCACAGGUGCAUCAGAGUACGGCAGGAGCGGGAGCGGCGACGGCGACGACAGCGACAACGCCUGCAACGGCGCCGCACGCCGCGCAUACGCAUGCGCACACGCCACUCCAUCAUCCACCGAUGUAUCCGGGCCAAUUCUGGCAGCCCGGUUUGCAGCCCAGCACCUCACAAGAUUUUUACGAUUACAGCAUUAAGCCAUUCGCACAACCCCCCUAUCCCGCCGGCAAACCAUCGACAGCUGUGUCUGGUGACAUCGAAGCAGGUCUUCCGCCCGCACAACUGCCGUGGGAGGGCAGAGCGAUUGCGACGCACAAAUUUCGCUUGCUCGAAUUCUCGGCAUUCAUGGAGAUACAAAGAGAGGAAAUCUAUCACCGGCAUUUGUUCGUGCAACUCGGCGGCAAACCGUCCUUCUCCGAUCCGCUACUUGAGACUGUUGACAUCCGACAAAUCUCCGAUAAAUUCCCUGAGAAAUCAGGUGGUCUCAAAGAUCUCUACGAGAAAGGUCCACAGAACGCUUUCUACUUGGUGAAAUGUUGGGCAGACUUGAAUACCGGCAGAGAGACGGGUGAUUUUUAUGGCGUUACGAGUCAAUAUGAGAGUAACGAAAAUGUUGUGCUCGUCUGUUCGACAAAAGUCUGCUCCUUCGGCAAGCAGGUGGUUGAGAAAGUGGAAACGGAAUACUCACGCUUGGAGAAUGGUCGUUUCGUAUAUCGCAUACAUCGGUCGCCGAUGUGCGAAUAUAUGAUCAACUUCAUACAAAAAUUAAAGGACCUACCCGAACGAUAUAUGAUGAACAGUGUGCUGGAGAACUUUACAAUAUUGCAGGUGAUGCAAGCGCGAGACACACAAGAGACCCUGCUCUGCAUAGCGUACGUGUUCGAGGUGGCGGAACAGAACAGCGGCGCCACACAUCACAUCUACCGAUUGAUAAAGGAAUAGCAUGAACUGCAACUGCCCAAUCU